UGAUUGGGCAGAGUCGCAGAGAUACAAAACAACAAAGCAAUCGUACUUCUCUUUCGUACACCAUUCUUGAGUUUCUUUCCAGCAAUAAUCUGUCCCAAAUCCCAAUUCUCCUCUUUUUCGCAAAACACUCCAAACACAUACUGGGAAAAUUUAAAAACACGAGUAGAAACAGCGGAAUUUGGGUCGAGGCUUGAUCGGCACGAGAAAGAAGCAGGCUUAAUCAAUCUAGCAAGCAAGGAAGCAGAUGCGCAAUGUUGAAGCUUAAAAUAAUGAUCUCCUCUUCUGCAACCACUCAUCCGUCUCCCACCUUCUUUCUUGAAUGGCAUGGAGUGUUCUGAAAAUUGAGACCAUGUUGCCGUGCCUAGACGGAGUAAAGCAUUUGUUUGCUUCUGUUGCAAAUUGCUGUGAUACUGAUUUGGCUAAGCAGCCCAGAGGGCUACAAAAUCCUGAAGCUCUUGCAAGGGAGACAGUAUUUAGUGUAAGUGAAAUAGAAGCAUUAUAUGAAUUGUUUAAGAAGAUAAGCAGUGCUGUGAUUGAUGAUGGGCUCAUUAACAAGGAAGAGUUCCAGCUCGCACUGUUCAAAACAAAUAAAAAGGAGAGCUUGUUUGCUGAUAGGGUUUUUGACUUAUUUGACACAAAACACAAUGGAAUCCUAGACUUUGAAGAAUUUGCUCGUGCUCUUUCCGUGUUUCAUCCAAAUGCUCCUAUUGAAGAUAAGAUUGAUUUUUCAUUCCAACUAUACGAUCUCAAGCAGCAAGGAUUCAUUGAAAGACAAGAGGUGAAGCAAAUGGUAGUGGCUACACUUGCUGAAUCCGGCAUGAACCUUUCAGAUGAUGUUAUAGAAAGUAUCAUUGACAAGACCUUUGAAGAAGCUGAUACCAAACAUGAUGGAAAGAUUGACAAAGAAGAGUGGCGUAGCCUUGUCUUGCGCCAUCCAUCUCUCUUGAAGAAUAUGACCCUUCAGUACCUCAAGGAUAUCACAACCACAUUCCCAAGUUUCGUAUUUCACUCACAAGUGGAUGAUACUUAAGUCCGAGUUGGUAUCCAAAGCCAAAGGGUGCCAUAUCUUUCCUCCUCGACAAACAUGAACAUGCUAAUUUUUCCUAAAGAUUUAGGAAAGGAGCUCUUUAAUUGUUGGAUGCAAGAAGGAAUGUUGAGUUGUUUUUGUUUUGCUUUCUUGACUUUAUCCUUGUUGAGAAGGCUAAAUCAGCCUAUCAACAUCUUUAGACCAUACAUUCCUAUUUAGAAACAUGGUAAAGUAUUCUGCGUUUCCUUUUACAUGUUUAAAUACAUGUCACCAUGGGGUCUUUCAUUUAAAUUUUUGUACAUUAACAAGUUUUUUUCCUAAACAAUGCAAGUUUUUAUCAAA